AUGUCGGACAAAAAGCAGCCUCUCAUCCCAGAGAGCUUCAUCGACGUGCCCACGCAGCGUCUCUACUACCUCAGUCUCGGUCUCCUACUCCAGGCUGCCAAGGUGUUUGACUUUCUCCAGAGCCUCGUUUCAGAGUCGACCUCUUACUACAGUCGAAAAUGGCUCGCAGUCGACUUCCUGUACAUAACAACUCUUUCCGCCCUUCGCAUACCGCGCCUUAGAUAUGCCAAAGCAGUCGUACUACUUCAGAUCUUUCUUCUUUGGUUCCUGGACGGUGUCAUGUUUGGAGGUAUCAGCUUCAACUGGCGGGAAACUAUGACCGGAGCAUCGCCCACAUUCUCAGGUCGACCGGAUUUGCCUUCCACUCCCGAACCUUUCAGACUUCUCGAGGUUCUCAACUCGGUUACUCUUGGCCUACUCCCAUUCUCGCUAGAAGGCUCUCAGAAAGACAAGCAUCUUCUCGGGCAGCACACAGUCCGCAUGUCACCUAUCAGCACCGCUCAACUCAACCCUGAUGCACAAACAUUCUGUUUGGCAUCUCCUUCUUCCAGUGUUCUCAUCCCUGUAGUUGUUAACAACACUGUUCCGACCAACAUCAGAUAUUCUUACGCGCCUCUUACGUACAUCGAAGGAAAACCUGGGACUGGGCGCAUUGAAUACGCGGACCUGAGUGCCAAGGAUAUCAAGGCGAUCGAGCAAGCUAGACAGGAAAGCCUACAGGUCGCACGAACAAACGUAGCAACUCGGGACGUUAAUGAUGACGACUACGACGAAUAUGACGACGACGAAUACGACGAAGGAGAUACGGACCCGCAAAGUCGCCUUCAGAAAACAGAAUCCCUGGCUCACAUACGCGUUACAAGACCAGGCACGAUCCGCCUCGAGCGAGUUCUGGACAGCUCGAAUACUGGGGCUCGGCUCUUUUAUCCUUCUGAGGUCACGGUAGCUCCUUGUCCAACUGCACAAUACCAGAAGCAGCCCGCCGCUGCGUCUGAAUACGUCCGCUGUGCCGGUGAUACCGCUAAGGACGUCGAGCUUAAAAUCGACAUUACCGGUGUGCCUCCUUUGAGUCUACGGUGGUCUAAGGACAUCAACGGGAAAAAGGAACAUUUCCUUGUUGAAGGGAUUGAAGAUCAGCAUGUGCACAAGCCCGAUGACUCCGAAAGCGAGCUCCACAGAGCCAAUUACGCUCCCCAAAGACUCGAGGUGCCCUUAUCGCCCACCUUGCAUACGCUUGGACGACACCUUUACGUUCUCGAGUCUAUUAUCGACGGGCUCGGCAACGUUGUGCAUCUGGACUCCUCGGAGUCGUAUGGACAUCAUGACGAUGAUAUCAACACCUCCAAAACCAGUCGCGUUCUAUCUGUCUUGCGUCGCCCCAAGGUCUCUUUCAAUCAAUGCCGCUCUGGCAUUCCUAUGUCGCUUCUAAUAGGAGAGAAAACCGACCUUCAUGUGUCAAUCAGUGAUGCAGACAAGUCGGAUGGUCCUUGGAACGUGGCGGUUAAAUAUGACCCCUCUGCGGAGGCCGGCAAGAAGGCACAGUCUUGGACGAAGUCGCUGCAAACGGGUCAUGGUGACAAGAAGUUGACACUGGCUGCCGAGGCGCCGGGCGAAUAUACAAUUCAAAGCAUCAAAGGAAAGUACUGUGAAGGAGACGUGUUAGAGCCAGAGAUAUGCAAAGUGGUCGAAAAACCCAGGCCCCGAGCUGAAAUCGAAUGGACCCGAAUCCAUGAAUGCUCUGGGGAUACUGGAGUUUUGGCGUCGUUGGUAUUCCACGGAACGGCACCUUUCCAGGUCUACUACCGCACGAAGCGCGACGAUCAAACUGCACGGGAGAUGGUCAAGACCUUUGCUAACUCGCGCGGAGAGUUGACCCUUCAACCUGAGCACAGCGGCCACUAUAGAUAUAAUUUCUUCCAGAUCAGUGAUGCGAACUACAAGAAGGUUGACUUGAGUGGGCCUAGCAUCGAACAAGUCGUACAUCCUCUUGCCACCGCCGAGUUCUCUGAUGUUGGUAGUUCUGGGCCCAGGAAGAAGAUCUCUGGGGGCUGCGAAGAGAAUAACGUGAACGUGAAAGUCGACCUGAGAGGAAGCGCCCCUUGGAACCUCGAGCUUCAAGUCAUUAGUCCAAGUAGCGCAGACACCAUCUCGAUAAAGAACAUAACUUCAUCCCCUGCAACAUUCCAAAUUCCUGUACCUGACCUAAUCAACAAGGAGGGUGGCGUAUUUGACAUUGACUUAGUUAAUAUCGAGGAUGCCAAUGGCUGCAAAAGGCCGGUGGUUGUCCCUGGUUUAUCGGUCAACGUUCGCAGAGUCAAGCCCACAGCUAAGUUCUAUGGUAAAGAGGGACAGAGACAAGUCACAGUACUGGAGAACGAGCGGGCCGAAUUGCCUUUGCGUCUCACAGGUGAAAAGCCGUGGAAAAUACGAUACCGGCUUCGCGACUCGUCAGGACGUAUCGAAACCGCCACACUCACUUCUCCCAAUGACCAUCUUCCUGUGCUGCAAAAGGGAACAUAUGAACUUGUCUAUGUACAAGAUGCACAAUGUCCCGGAGUGGUUGUUGAGGGCCAGGACACUUAUGACGUUGACUGGGUGCCCCGACCAUCCGCACGUCUUGCACCUGAAACCAAGGCGACAUAUGAGGCUUUCAAUCGUUCACAAAUCCUCGAUCCGAUUUGCCAGGGACGUGACGACCAUGUUGACCUUGAGCUGACAGGUCGUGCCCCCUUCCAGAUCAUGUACAAUAUCGCUAGAAACGACGAGCAUGGCGGCACCGCGGUUCUGGACCAGCCUACAUUCAGUAGCAUACAGCCCCGGACUCGCUUCCAGCUCCACACCUCGACGUCUGGACGGAAGUAUUAUGAAGUCAAGCAGAUCGGCGAUGCGGUGUACCCCCUUGCUCAACACAAGAAUGCAAUUGUCCCUCGGUCGGAACGGCUGCUCUUUGAGCAAGAAGUUCUUAUGCGACCCACCGCCGCAUUCAAAAGCGAUACUCGGAUGCAAUUCUGCCUCAACGAGGCGUUCACGUCACACAAUGGUGACGGCUACGUUCAGCUGCAAGGGACGCCGCCUUUCCAGGUCGAGUUUGCUGUAAAGAGUCUGGUAUCCAGCCAAGUGCACACGGAAACUGUCGAGGUGCCAGACAGGAUUUGGAAACUGGACCUCCCCAGCUACUCGUUCUCUUCCAUCGGGCCUCAUCGCGUGUCUAUCGUUUCGAUUCAGGAUGCCUCACACUGUGAACAAGCCGAGCUCGACCCUGAACGGCGCGCAAUCUGGGUCGACGUCGCUGAAGCACCUUCCAUUAUCCCCAUCGACCAGAGGGCCGACAUCUGCGUGGGCGAUGUCACUCGUUUCCAGCUCGAGGGUACUCCUCCGUGGUCUGUUGGAUACCGCAUCAAUGGGAAACCGUAUACUCAGGAUGCGAAGUCAUCUCCUUUCUCGCUACUGCAACAGCAGGCUGGAGAGUUCACCGUCACUUCAGUCGCACAUCAACACAAGCUCUGUAAAGCUACAGUUACCGACUUGCACUACAAUGUACAUGAGCUGCCCUCGGCACAGGUGGGUCAUGGAAAACGCGUGUACCAGGACAUCCACGAAGGUAGUGAUCAAGCCGAAAUUUUAUUCACGUUGAUUGGAGAGCCGCCAUUCACGUUCACAUACCAAAGGGCUGAAGCAAGCCCGAGAAAAGGUGGCAAACCAGGGAAAGUUCUGGAGACGCACACCGUGUCUGGAGUUACGACUAAUGAAUACUCAAUAUUCUCCGCUCUUGAAGGGACGUGGACUGUCACGUCUAUCACGGAUCGCCACUGUCGAUACCCACCAAAUCCUGCCGGGACUGGGGACAAGCAACGCUAA